GCGGUGGUGUGCAACGCUCCAGCGUGGUGCUGCCGGACAGCCGGCACAGGAAGUGACGCCCCGUUCCACUCUGUCGCGACCGCCGUCUUAUGACGUUGCGCCGCGGGGCGGACGAUAUUUUCAUGGGCGGUUAUGGAGGGGUGAACGAUGGCCCGGAGGGGAUCCACCGAUGCAAGGAAUGGAUUACGGUCUUUAUGGAGUAUAUCCUGUGCAAAUGGCCCCAGGCCAAGGGCGCAAUGUUUGGGAACCGUUUGAAAUAAAACAGAUUAGAGAAUUAAAAAGCGCUGUCACGACCUUCGGGCCCACAGCUCCUUAUACUAUAGCUAUGCUAGAGAAUCUUGCCUCUCAGCCUCUUACACCAGGUGAUUGGAUGCAGCUGGCCAAGGCAUGCCUUCCUUCGGGUAGUUAUCUUGAUUGGCGAGCCUGGUAUGCCGAGUUUGCCAUUGAGCAAGCAGAAAAGAAUGUUAGCAGGGGGCAUGCAAGGUGGAACGAAGAUAUGCUCCAGGGCUCAGGUAAAUAUAGGGAUGACCAAACUCAGUUCCCCAAUGAGGUGUAUGACCAAAUCUCUAAUAUUGGGCUCCGCGCAUGGAAACAGGUGAACGGUGCGGGGGCGGCCUCAUUAUGCCUUUCAAAGAUAGUGCAGGGUGCCACAAAGCCAUUUGUUGAUUUCGUGGCUAGGAUGCAAGACGCGGGCGAUAAAGUUUUUUCAGACCAAGAAGUGGCAAAGCCCCUGAUCAAACAACUCAUUUUUGAACAAUGCACAACAGAGUGCAAAGCGGCUCUUGCCCCGCAUAAAAACAAGGAUCUCAAUGCUUGGAUUAGGAUUUGUAGGGAGAUUGGAGGGCAGAUGACUGCAGCAAAGCUUGCGGCGGCCUUUGUAGCCGCGACAGCACAAGCUAAGGAUGCUUCUGGACCUAAGCGAGAUCGUAAGCCCAAAGGAUGUUUUGGCUGCGGGGAACCAGGGCAUAUUAGGAGAGACUGUCCGCACAGUGUUAAUACACGGGAAGGGCCAAUAGGCGUGUGCGAACGAUGCAGGAAGGGAACACACAAAGCGAAAGAUUGCAGAUCAGUUUUUGAUGCCCAGGGAAACCGCAUUAGUGGCAGGGGGAUUCAGGAGCCAAAAAACGGCCAGAGGGGGCCCUCCUUACGGACGGGCCCCCGCCCCCUAGACAGGACAACACAAGGUGGCAGCCCUCCACAAGGGCUACCCCUGGGUCAGCAGGCGUGGACCUCUGUGUCGCCUCCAGACUCCUAUUAACGCCCGAUAUGGGCGUUCAGGUGGUCGGGACCACCUUCAAAGGACCGCUACCUGAAAAGUCAGUUGGUUUAGUGAUUGGACGGUCCUCCACAGCCCUCCGGGGCCUUACCGUGCUCCCUGGGGUUAUAGACUCAGACUACACAGGAAACAUUAAGAUUAUGGUCCAAUCUCAUGUAGGGACCAUGGUGAUUAAUGAGGGGGAUAAGAUAGCACAACUUUUAUUGCUCCCCAGUCUCCAUGAGAGAUUCCAGUCUAGACAACGGGUUAGAGGGGAUCAGGGUUUUGGCUCCUCUGGAGAAAUUUUUGAAGGACUUCAUAUGACUCUUGAUAAAAGACCCAUGCUCUCGCUCAGGGUUAAUGGUAGAAAUAUAACAGGACUCCUGGAUACAGGGGCAGACCGCUCCAUUGUCUCCAAGAGGGACUGGCCUUCUAGCUGGCCCACCAAUACAGCUGAUAACACACUCCAAGGGUUGGGGAUGGUGGCUGCCCCCCAGGUUAGUGCCGUGACCCUGCCUUGGUGUGAUGAGGAGGGUCACCAAGGACAUUUUCAACCUUUUGUUCUACAGCUGCCGGUAUCUUUGUGGGGAAGAGACAUCCUCACUCAGAUGGAUGUCACUCUUACAUCCACCUGCUCUCCCCAAGCCAAGGGUAUACUUAAGAAUCAGGGAUAUGUCCCCGGCAAGGGCCUGGGCUCUGCCCUGCAGGGCCGGACAUCUCCCGUACCUGUAGAAAAAAGGGAAGGUAGACACGGGCUGGGUUUUUCCUAGGGGCCGCUGAGGAAGUUCUCCUGCCUACUCCAAUUAAGAUCACUUGGAAGUCCCUGAAUCCGGUUUGGGUACCUCAGUGGCCCCUACCCAAGGAGAAGCUUUUAGCGUUAACCGAGAUAGUCAAAACCCAGCUUCAGGCAGGGCACAUAAAGCCAUCAACCUCCCCUUGGAAUACCCCUGUUUUUGUUAUUAGAAAGAAAUCAGGUAAGUGGAGGCUGCUCCAUGAUCUAAGGGCGGUCAACACGCAGAUGCAGCCCCUGGGGGCGGUCCAGAGGGGGCUGCCAGCUCUCUCAGCCAUCCCUCAGUCCUGGCCAGUUUAUGUUAUAGAUCUUAGAGACUGUUUCUUCUCAAUCCCCCUGCAUCCAGAGGACACCCAUAGGUUCGCCUUUACCUUACCCACCAUUAACCAAGAAAGCCCUGAUCUCAGAUACGAGUGGAUAACGCUGCCCCAAGGUAUGGCCAACAGUCCCACUAUGUGUCAGAUUUACCUUGAUUCCCUACUGGCCCCCCUACGCAAAGCCUUCCCCAGAGUUAGGUGCAUUCAUUACAUGGAUGAUCUGCUGAUCAGUGCGAAGGACAUAAAUAGGUUAGAGGAUAUGCUAGGCCAACUGGUCAAGGCCCUGAGAAAGGCUAAUUUACAUAUUGCCCCUGACAAGAUUCAAGGAGGAGACAUAGUGACUUACUUGGGUACCAAAGUCUCCCCUACAUCGAUUUCUCCACAGAAGGUAACCAUCAGAACAGAUAAUCUUACAACCCUAAAUGACAUGCAAAAGUUACUGGGAGAUAUAAAUUGGAUCAGACCUUACUUGCACAUCCCUAAUUCGGACUUAAAGCCCCUGUUUGAUCUCCUGAGAGGGGAUCCGGAUAUUGCCUCCCCUAGAGAGUUCACCCCAGAGGCCAGAGUUGCUCUAAAGAAGAUAGAAGAGGCCCUAAGCAAAGCUACAUUACAGAGAAUUGACCCAGAACAGCCUUUUGAGGUCUGCUUGUUGCAGACCAGUUCCCAGCCCACGGCAGUGAUUUGGCAGAAAGGACCACUUCUGUGGGUGCACCCUAAGGUUUCACCUGCCAAGAUUAUUGAACAUUACCCGGAAGCAGUUGCUUCUCUGGCUCUGGAGGCACAUAGUAGAGCCAUCCAGCAUUUUGGCUCCACGCCUCACGCUAUUCGGGUGCCUUAUACCGCUUCUCAAAUAAAAAUUCUGACUGCUUGCAUAGAUACUUGGGCCAUCCUGAGAUGUGUAUUUCUUGGGGAGAUAGACAAUCAGUUCCCUAAGGACCCUAUACUACAGUUUAUUACUCAACAUCCGGUGAUAUUUCCAAAAAUCACCGCCCCUGCACCCCUUACUCCUGCAACAACAGUCUAUACUGAUGGGUCAAAAACCGGGAUAGGGGCCUAUGUGGUCUCAGGCAUGCCUCCAGUUAACAUACAGUUUGAACCAGAUCAACCACAGGUGGUGGAGUUACAAAUUGUACAAACCGUCCUCGAGAAGUUCCCAGGGGCCCUUAAUAUUGUUUCUGAUUCAAAAUAUGUUGUCAAUGCCAUGCAGGUCCUUGAGACUGCAGGCCCAAUUAAACCAACCUCCAAAGUAACUAACUUGUUUUUGUCUAUCCAGACAUUGCUCAUAAAUAGACACAACAAAAUAUACAUCACUCACAUAAGAGCACAUACACACCUACCAGGGCCCAUGGUACAGGGCAAUGCGGCUGCUGACGCGGCCACUCGCCCGUUAUGGAUUUUCAAUAUGUUAUCUCCAAUAGAGCAAGCCCGUCAGUUCCAUGACAAAUUCCAUGUCAAUGCCAGGACGCUAGCCAACCAGUACCGCAUCUCCAGGGCUGACGCGCGGGACAUCGUGCGACUGUGCGGCUCAUGCGCCACACACACGCCUGCCAUAUCAAUGGGGGUUAACCCCAGAGGGUUGAUCCCUGGCGAUAUUUGGCAAAUGGAUGUCACACACAUGACAGAAUUUGGAUCUCUUAAGUAUGUCCAUGUCUCCACGGACACCUGUUCUCAUAUUAUAUUCACAACUGCAGAGACAGGUGAAAAGGUAUCUAAUGUGAUCAAUCACUGCUUAGCGGCUUGGGCCGCGUGGGGCAAGCCCAAAAUAUUAAAGACAGACAACGGACCAGCCUAUACAGGAAAAGCCUUCAAUGAGUUCUGUAAGACUAUGGAAGUACACUUAAAACAUGGUAUCCCAUAUAAUCCUCAAGGCCAAGGAAUUAUUGAAAGAGCUCAUAAAAGCCUCAAAGAAAUCUUAUGUAAACAAAAAGGGGGAGUAGGCCAGGGCCUGCCCCCAAAGGCACGGCUAUCCAUGGCACUAUUCACAUACAAUUUUUUAAACCUGAACAAUAACAACCACCCCCCGGCUAUGGAGCAUUGUAAUCCAUCUCCUAGCAAUAAGGGAUGGGUAAAAUGGAAAGAUGUCCUGACGGGACAAUGGAUGGGCCCGGAUCCGGUAGUCAGCUGGAACCGAGGUGCGGUUUGUGUUUUCCCGCAGGAACCGGGACGAGAACCAUUGUGGGUCCCAGAAAGACUGACGCGUGCGACAAGCCCUUCGACUGAAGACUAAUCCUGUCCUGCCGGAGACCAGCAGCAGGCCUGACAGCCAGAUGAACCCGAAAAAGGCUGCUUUUUUCGUUGGGGGCGUUGUCCUAGCACUCCUCAGGAUAAGUAUGGUACAUGCGGGGCUGGGGGGCCCCGCUUCUGGAAUAGAUCUUCGCACGAGCCUUCUUGGCAGUCCGUGCGAUUGCGGAGGUGGCACGGUAAGCAGUAUACCACCUAGCGCCAAAAAAGGACCAGGGACCGAUUGUGGGGAUAAAACAGCAUUCUCAGUUGUGUACCCCUCCACUGCAGGAGGAUUUAGUCAACCAUCCUAUCAGUGCAUACUUAAGCCUAAGGUGAGUCCCUCAGGGCCUGGUGAUCUCGCCACAUGUCCCUGCACUAAGUUUGAGGAAUCCAUGCAUGUUACAUGCUAUACAGAGACAAAACAAUGCAAACUUAAGAGUACAACCUAUUGGAUGGCAACGCUAACUACAACUAAAAGCCCUGUUGCCCCUAACCAUAUUCCCGCUGCUGUAGGCAGUUCUCCAUUCAUGCAGUCGGGUUGUAAUGGAGAGGUUGGAGAAACGGUCUGUUGGUCUAUGACCGCUCCCGUUCACAUCUCUGACGGUGGAGGGGUCCAAGACCAGUACCGGCAGGAACAGGUCAUCGAGCGAUGGGAACAAUUAAAUCCGUUCCCUGAAGUCAAUUACCAUCCACUCCUACGCCCAAAAUCCCGAGGCAUUAACCUUGACCCCGCUACUGAAUCCAUAUUAGAGGCUACCCACAAAGCACUCAAUCUUACUGACCCAGGGCUGGCCUCCGAUUGUUGGCUGUGUAUGAUGAUGGGAGAAUCAUGGCCGCUGGCCAUGCCGUUUAGAGACUAUGAAAGUGAACCUUACAAUUAUAGCACACCCUAUAAUUGCUCACAUGGGCCUCCAUUUCGGGUCCAGUUUAUGGGACAGUUUAAUGCAUCCUGUUUCCAAAAGUACCCACAAGAUAAUAGUUAUGAUAUUGUUGUUGGAGCGCUGGCAGUCGCCUCGUGUGAGUCCAUAACCAAUGUAAGUAGUAGCUCGCCGCUAUGUGCCCCCUUUGGCAAAGUAUUUGCUUGCGGCAAUGGUCAUGCUUAUACCUACCUGCCCAGUAAUUGGACCGGCCUAUGUGGCCUAGCUUACUUGUUGCCUGACAUUGGUAUUGUCCCUGGGGACCAACCCAUGCCCAUCCCAGCUGUGGACACCUUUAUAAAAAGACAUAAGAGAGAUGUACUGAUUUUACCUCUCUUGGCUGGUCUGGGGAUAACUGGAGCCCUGGCCGCCGGGACUGCGGGCCUAGGAGUUUCAUUAACCAAAUAUACUCAGUUAUCCAAGCAAUUGAUAGAAGACAUGUCUAUAGUUGAGAGAACCCUUCAGGAGAUACAAGAUCAAAUUGAUUCCCUUGCAGAGGUUGUUCUGCAGAAUAGAAGGGGCCUAGAUCUACUCACUGUAGAGAGGGGAGGUAUCUGUAUUGCCUUACAGGAAAGAUGCUGCUUUUAUGCCAACAAGUCCGGAAUCGUUCGAGACCGAUUAAAGAAACUGCAAGAAGACCUAGAAAAGAGAAGAAAAGAACUACAAGACAACCCCUUUUGGGGAGCCUGGAAUGGCUUGCUCCCCUAUAUUUUACCAUUGUUAGGUCCCCUGUGCUCCUUGCUUCUGCUCUUACUUAUAGGACCAUGCUUGCUCCGAUGGGUCACAUCAUUUAUUAAUGGGCGCCUUGCGGCGGCCCGGCGUCAAGUACGCCUGGUUGCCCAUGCGGCCCUGGCAGCAGCCCGUGAUGGGCACAAUGACCCCCAGGCUUACGCAUGGCUCGCUUGACUGGCCUACGACCGGGUCUAGAUGUGGCGGGUCUUCCGCACUCCUUCCCUAUUGACACUACACAGCAGGGUAGGUGAGUCAAUGACGGGUAAGAGCGUGCCUCCCCAGCACGACUCGACCUAAGCCAGGCCCUACCCCAUACUGCACGAAAGCCGCUGGAUUACUAGAAUCUGCCCAGAUCUAGAUGUCUCUCCGAGGGGAUCGCAUGGAGGGGCAUGAGUGCAUGCCUAUGUGCAUCCAGGUUCCGUCCAGUUCACUCCUGGCCCUGGAAAAAGGACGAGGGUCUCAAGGCCUUGGUGGACCCGGGGACGGCCGACCAGGGUCCAAGCCAAGGGCCUACGGUGGGCCUCAACACAGGGCAUAAGCCUCUGCACUCGAUCCAGGGCGGGCUGCGAUGCAUACAUUCAUUCAAAGUAAAUAAAAUAGGGGGAGAUGUUGGGAGCCGCGGCCUACACCGGUCGCCUUACUUGGCGGACGUAGGGCCUGUGGGUGGGAGCGGAGCCUGAGCUAGAUUGCCCCUCCCAUCGAGUGAGUCAAGUUGGCGCCUGCUUCCUGCCCCCUGAUUGUGCUGGCGACUUAAACAACCCGCUCUGUAAGAUAGUCUGCCUAGCAACAGCUGAUGUUAGCCAGUCAGCCCGCAUCGCGCGCUUUGAACUGAUUGGCUACUGUUGCCCUAUAAAAGUGAAUACCUCUCCCGCCACGAGAGGAAGCACAAAGAGAGAUAGAGAAAGUCCACCGGCGAGAAAGGGCUGGUGACAGAGAGGAGGCCUCGCGGGGCCCACGUGGAGACAAAUAAAGGCAAGGUUGCACACUGUCAGAAUCUGUCGCGUGUUCUUCCUGCAGGCCGGGAGCGACAUCGACACCCCAGUGUAGGGCUCUUUCUGUCAUGACCAGGCCUCUGGGAGGUAGUGCUGGUCCUAACUCCUUACUGUGCUUGAAGGUCAAAUGGGGAACCUAGCUUGUGGAUUUAGUUUUGCCGCUGAAGAAAACUGUGCCAUGAAAGCGAUUUGAUAACUUCAUUGUUGGGAGCUGAUCUGAGGGAAGCUUUUUAAUAUUAAUUUUAAGCUUUCCUAACUUUACACAGAAGCUUUAAUUUUGUUUGCACUCCUGUUUUGAGCUUGUAACUGGAAAGCAUGUCUUGCACUGUUCACCAUCUGAGUGGUCACUUUAACAUCCUCCAAAUUGUGGACAGCGGUUUUCUUCCCAAGCUUUGUACUUUUGAGACAUUCAGUUAUCACUGUCCUAGUUUUAUUUUAAUGUACUAAAUUAUGUAGUUAUUUGACUGUUAUUUUAAACUGCUGCCUUGGGCUUCAGUUAUUUAAAGUAAAUGUAGGUGUAAUGUAGAAGAUUAUCCCUUUCCAGGUGGGAUUUUGACACCUGUAUGAAACCUAAGGUUGUGGUAAGUACCGUAGUUGAAUAAAAGCACAGGGUUAUCCACCUCCUGUAUCCGUCCAGCAUGACAUGGUUAUCCAUACUUUAGGUUAAGUUACCAAAUGAAACAUUCCCCUAUCCAUUUUUAGUAUCAUCCUUUCAUAAUUUCAUCCUCAGAUUUUGGUCAGUUCUAUGUCUUAACUUUGAAACUCCACUUAUGAUGUAGUUUGUUUUCAAUGAAAACCAUAAAAUAACAUCCAAGUGUUUCAUGGUUUGUUGGGAAACUAAUUUUAAAAUAAACAAUGUCCUAAAAACAUUUGUCAGCCAAGGUCAUCCCUAAAAGUCCCUGUCUGGAAUACAUUCUCUCAGCAGCUCUCACUUUUGUAAUCACAGGAUUUAGCCGUAUUCUCAGACCUUUGCAAGAGGCUUCUUGCAUACUCACAGACUUUAGUAGUUGUUUUUCUGCUAACAGGAAGACUUUUGAAGAGCCAGUGCAGGUUUAUAAAGUGUGAACUUCAUGCAUCAGUGGGGAAUAGCCUCAGAUUAUUUCUGCAGUAGUUGUUAAUAAAUUGUUAAAAAAUUAAAAAAAAAGAAAGAAAGAGAGAGACAGAGACAGACAGAAACAGAGAGGGAGACAGGAAAGAGAGAAUGAAUUCAGGCAAUAUAUGAGCCCCUGGAUACAGCCACAUCUAAAGCCAACACUCAUCACUGGAGUUUUCAGCUCUGAUCAUUGGUAUUUUUCCCUUUUGCACAGCUGACAUGAGUGGAGUUUUUGGCAUCCGCAUUGCAGAGUUCAACCACAGCUUUCCCUUAUGAAUCAUUCCUGUGCAAAGAAGCAUCUUUCCUGUGUGCAAUCCAGUUACUCCAAAAAAUCUCUUUUCCUUCCUUCCUUCCUUCCUUCCUUCCUUCUUUCUGUUCUUUCUUUCUCUCUUUCUUUUUUCUCCUUUCUUCCCUUUGAUCCCAUACAAUGAUCUUGUUUCAAUUGAGCAAAUCCUCAUGGGAGGUUGGGAUCACUUCAUUCCUUCAUUCUCUGUACCCUGCUUCAAGGCUUCCCGUUGGCAAACCAUUUGUUUAACAUAGGUUGGCUCCAGAGUACUUUUAAAGCCUGUUUUAUACAAUCUGGCUCUGGAACUAAGCUCGUCGACUCCUGGGGGUUUAUAGCUGAUGCAAUAAGCUUUCUGGGGGCUUUCUGCUGAUGCAAAUUUCUUCUUAAUCCUUAGAAGUUCCAGAACUUUUCCUUCUCAUGUCUUAUGACACGUUUUGAAAAGGCAGAAAAUAGAUAAGGGGCUGUGGAAUGGUAGGCAUGUGGUUUGCUUACCCAGUGCUGGGGGAGGGGGGUUGUGACCGAGUUGUGGCAACAAGAACCUUGAAAUUAUUUUAAAUUCAUUUGAGCUCUUCACAUAAUAAUAAAAAAAAAAAAUCACACAGUCAUGAACUUCUGAUCAGGCAGCUUGGCUUACAGAUAAUGCAUUAGGACACGACCAUCAUAUAGAGAGAUUUAAUUACAAAUAUUUACUGAGUUCAGGGCACUUUGCACAAUUGUUUCUGAAUAUUUGCUGCCCCUCGCUGUGGAAAGGGUAUAUAUCUGUGUCCCAGUGAUGUGGGCCAGAGGAAGCCAGUUAACUUGUUCACCCAAAGAGGAUUCAAGGACAGUGAUUUGCUACUUUCCAGGCAGAAGUUAUAAGGACCAAUGUAAGUUCACUGUUAUAACCUAAGGCCCCCUAACUAUCGCGCCGAAGUCUGUUCUGUAUAAGCGCCACCUGCUGCUUCCCCUCCCCUUCCCUCUUCCCAUCUAACUAGGUUAAGUUUUAACUUCCCAAAAGACCAUAAAACAAAGGCCUGAGGUAAUAGCUCCUGACAACCCCCUUCUCUAACUGGCAGUCCGUCACAAAUUGUGUUAAUUACAUUAGGUUGUAAUAGCUUCAUUAUAUUUAUAUCAUAGCAAUACCUAUAACUUGGCCUUAUGGUAUGUGUGUUUUCCUUUUCCCUCUGAGUAAAGGAUUGCUAUGUUAAUCAAUGCUCUCCUCUGUAAAGAAUUGUAAAAUCUUACCUAAUUGAUAUUUUAACCAUUGUUGCCCUCUACAAAUAACAGUUGUGGUGCUAAAGUAAGGUAACUAAGGUUGUUAAUUGCUGCUAGACUUCUCUAUUCUUUGCUGAGAAAAACAAGACUUCUUCUUAUCUAAACUUGCUUGUAUGCAUGGAGACUUGCAAUCCCCAUUUCUGUUUUGUAGUGUGCCACACCCCCAUCCCCCUCCUUACACUGUGUGACCAGCAGCUGUUUGUGGAUUUACAAGAUAAAAGCCCUGACUUUUAGCUGUGAGGUGCACAGUCUCCAAAUUGGCUCCUGGAGGCUGUGUCACCAGGCCUGGAAAUAAAGUCUUUGCUUCCCAAAUUUUAA